AUGUCUGCUAUCUUCCACGGGAUCGAAGCCCUCCAUAAUCUCUUGCUCAAUAUCUUCAUCUUCACAUUGUUGCCGCAAAACGUCUUGGAACCUCCAGCGCCCAACGUUGCCAUGCUGCGGGGCCUGGUUCAAGAUCUCGCUGCUCAGGAAACCCGUGACUCUGUUGGCCAGAUCGUCGACCCCCGUCCUCCUGUGGAUCCACAAGCUUCCUUGCCGGCACCCUCGCCAGGCGGAAGGCAGACGAGAUGCAGGCUUCUCAAAGGGCCAGUAGCACAAGGGACGAGGAAGAGUCAGGCUCUGAGGAGCAGGCUGCAGAGGGUCUAG